UUCAAUUAUUUUAUUUAUGCAACUUUUCACAGCAUCAACUUUUAAAUAUCAACAAUAAAGUUCAAGAUGGAAAAUGUGUUAAACUUUUCUUUUUCUCUCUGUUUUCUUUACUUGAUAAACUCAGUUUUUUGUGAUGAUUUCAAAUGCCCUGAAAGGGGUAAAGUGGGUGAAUUAAAAGUUCCGAAUGUUCUCAGUUUGAUUGAUAAACAAACUGGUUAUCGUUGUUCUGUUGAAGUCAUUAAUCCAACUCGAAAUAAUUUGGUCCAUGAUUAUUAUGAUGUGGAAAAUAAAGUUGGUUACAUUGACUUGGAAGCGACCAUUCAAGAUAAAAUGAAUCGACGUUAUUAUUAUCACUCAACAGACGAAAAGCUUGCUGUACGAAAAGAUACAUGUACGAGACUUGAUUUAACCCAAAAUGAGAAGAUCGAAUCGGUUAAAGAUUGGUUUGAACCAAGUGAUAUUGUCGCCAGUUCAGAGAUGUUUAAAGAUUUCAUUCAUUUGGGACCAACAGCAUUGAUGAUUUAUGCCAACAGUAUAAGUGAUAAAGCUUCCUUCAUAGGAUCCGAACUGAUUGAAGGUCGUAGUGUUAAUCAUUGGUUUUAUUGUACCAAUCCUAAUGGACCUUACAUUGACUUUUACUUUGAUGUUAAGACUUCAUUGCCCUAUCGGUUCUCGUUGUAUUAUCCCGAAUGGAUUGAAACUCAGGAGGUCAUUUCAAUCAAUGAGACUCGAACAAUCAAAAAGCAAGUUGAUUCCGAGUCAAAAUAUGUUUACAACUUUUACAUGUUCAAACCGCUAGUCAUAUCAUCAGAUGAUUCCAUUCCAUAUCCGUUGGGCUAUGGAUGUGCUCGUAAAGGUACUCCUUCACUCUAUCCAUUACCAGAUUUUAGUCAAGUCGAGCAGUUUACUUUGGACAUGGAAGCUAUCAUUACCUAUUCUGACACUGAUCUCAUUAAAUCAACUGCUCGAGUAACGAAACGAGGCAAAACCAUUUCAUAUGAAAUCAAAGAAAAAAUUGGUACAGUACGUUCCAUUGAAUUGCCUCUUCCUUUAGGACGAUUUGAAGUUGAUGAACGCACUGGUCGAUGUAGAUAUUUAACGUCAGAUUAUUUGUCAGAUGUAACGCUAAUUACCCGCUGGCCUUUCCAUGAAGAUCAUGGAUUCAAUCUACUUUAUUAUCUAGUAAUGAAACCACCUGCAGGUUAUACAACAACCUUCAUUGGUAAUAUACCUUUAGGUCCUUUUCGAGUGGAGGAAUGGAAAGCAUCCAACUUCUUCUCAGAUAAAGUUGAUGCCAUUGUUGACUAUUACUACACGCAGAAUACCAGUAACUCUGUUCCGAGUAAAGUCAUAUUCACCAAAGACCGAAGUGAUUAUUAUUAUGACUUUCCUAACACACCAAUUCAAGUUGAAGUAACCAUAAUUGAUUACGAAGAAGGUUCCUUCGACUAUGAAGAUCGAUUCGACGUUUCUGGAUGCUAUGAAGAACCAGGAAACUUUACUUGGUUUCAACUUCUCUUUUCAAAUCCUUCGCUGAGUGAAUUUGAUAUGCCAUCAUUCAAGAACGGAAUGGGAAUUUACUUGUCACAAUUCAUUCCAAUAACUCGCAUUGGUGAAAUUCAUGCACAACAAGUCGAUUCUAACUUUUAUGUUACUGUUAAGCUACAUGAUCGUAUUCAUUACAUCGAUGCGUAUCGUCCUAUGAAUCAAUAUACAAUCAUAAAUCCUGCAAACAUUUUUAAAAGGAUGAAAGUCGAGGACUGUGAAGCGCUAUGCAGUGCAACUGAAAAGUGUUUUUCUUUUACCUAUUGUUCCAAUUAUGAUUGUUUAGUAGAUAAACAGACGCAUUUUGGUUCAGCUAUAUACGAUGCCAAAGAUGACUGCAUAACAUAUUCUCGGGCUCAAGAUCAAUUUGAUCUUAUACCAUUGGUCAAUGAGAACUAUCUGUCGACCAUGUCUCACGUGUUACAACAGAUGAGGGAUAAAAUCUCCUCUGGUGAGUUUUCCAUAGGUGGCGAGGGGCUAUCAGCUGAAGAUUUGUUCAUUGUAAGUGGCCCUGAAGAGCUUGGGGAUAUUUCACAGGAACUACAUACAAGUGGUUCCAGACCUUUAAGAGCUGAUGAUUUUCCGAUGAUCCAAACUGAUCGUCAUUUCAAUGAAGCCCAAUUCAAGAUGGAGAAAAGUACUCUUCAAGAUUGUUUCAUGGCUUGCUUGAAUGAUGAUUAUUGUAACACACUUUCAUAUUGUAUCAAUGAGAAUAAGGAAUGUAUUCUGAGUGGAGAAACACCGAGUUCACUGAAAGACGCACACGAAGACAAAAUAAGUCAUGCAGAUGGAUGCAACAUCUAUCAAAAAUCAUUCAUAAAUCUAUUCCAUGAGUAUCCUGGAAAAAGUCUAGUAGUAGAUGCCAUCUCAACCGAAUAUGAUGUAUCAAUGACGGAUUGUGCUAGCAAAUGUGCUCAAUCAAGUUCCUUCAAAUGUGAAUCAUUCGAUUACUGUGAAAACAAUGCAAAUCGGGAUCAAUCUCUUUGUUUUUUACACGUUAAUCACAUCGAGAUAGAUGAAACUCGUGAAAUAAAUAUAACGAACUGGAAGUUUGCUGAAGCUGGAUGUUCCCAUUAUUCAAAGAAAUCUGAACUCGAUUAUGAACAUAAAGUUGGACUUGCAUUGAAAGAUAACAUGAAAGAAUCGAUUGUUGGAACAUUUGACCAUUUAUCAUUAGAACACUGUGCUUCCAGAUGCAAUUCAGAUCCUAAUUGUUUUACUCUCGAAUAUUGUGAAACAGUUGAUUAUAGUAAAUUAUUCGAUAGCAGUAUUGCGUUGUCGAGUUGUACACUAGUCAAUGUUAAACCAAAUAAUGUUAAUCAACCUCAACUAUUCGAAGAAUCAAAAAACGACAAAAAAAUUUGUUCCAUUUACAUCAAUCAUAAGAAAAUUAAAGGAAAGAGCAAAACUGAGCCACAGACACCUGAAGCAUUAGCGAAAACACCAACGAAAUCAAACAACUUCGCAUUAGCAAUCGGAUUGAGCACAAUAGUAUUUAUAUUGGCGUUUGCUGGUGGAUUCAUUGGAUUCAAAUUGAUUGCUAAAAGAUUCAUUUCAUAGACAAACUCAUGGAAAACAUCCAUUAAUAGCAUUCAAUACACCAUCUAGUUCAAUUUAAAAAAUUUCAUUGUUUUUUAUUUGUAUUUGUAUCUGCAAAAAGCAUUAAACUCUAAUUUUGCGAAAGUA